AUGAACAUUUUUAUAGAUGCUUUAAUAUCAAUUUAGCCCUAUCACUAGUUUGUUUCUUGUUUACUCCAUAAUAUAGACUUCCUAGCUCCUCGUAUUAUGACGAAAGCGAAGUUCGUUAUAGUACCGAUGCUUCUAGCAUGCCUAAUCUUUUCGUGCUCCUCUACUUCUCAAGACGAAAAUGAAAGCGGUUACGUCCGAGAUGCAUGCAGUGUGACGCGGUAUCGCGAUUUAUGUGUCCAUUCUCUAGCACCGUUUUCAAACACGGCCAAACGCAACCCUAUUAGGUGGGCCCGCGCAGGAGUCUCAGUGACCAUAGCGGAAUCCAAGAGGGUGGCCCACUACAUGGCGGUGAUUUCAAAAAACAACAAACGAGCCAAUCAAACGAGACGGAGAAACGGGAUCGCCCUGUCGGACUGCGUGGAGUGCUUUCAAGACACGCUCGAUAAUCUCCACAAAUCCCUCUUUGUUCUUCGAGAGUUGAGUGUGGGAGAAUUUGAUUCUCAAGUGGAGGAUGUGACAACUUGGGUUAGUGCGGCUCUUACCGAUGAAGAUACUUGUCUCGAUGGUUUUGAUGAACAAAGGGGAAAGCGUGUUAGGUAUAUUGUAAAUCGUGUUUCGAAUGUCACUUGUAUGACUAGCAACGCAUUGGCGCUUAUUAACAAACUCGCGACAACUGGCCCGGAUUGUUUAGUGAAUGACUAGAGAUUUGCAUUUGUAUUAUAAGCUAUUUAUGCGUGACUUGAUAAAAUUGCAAUAAUGGUGAACUUUUUUGUAUAUUUUCACAUUAGUCAAUAAAAUUUUUGAAAUCAAUUUUCAG